AUGCAGCGAGGGCCGUCAGCGCCGGACAGCGCCAUCAGGGCGAACAGCGUGCAUCCAGCGGCAGCGGUGGGCCCGGCUCACGGCGCGCUGCCAGCGAUUACUACAGGCGCGCCGCCGAUCUCGGCCGUCGCUCCACGCGGUGUGAGCCCCAAUGUGGCGAAGCGCGCGGCCUGGUCAACGCCGCGCGACAGACUGGGGACCCCGGAGCGGAGGACGGAGCAACCGCAGCAGCAACAGAGUCCGGGGGCUUUCGCUACGGAUGGCGCUCCUCCACUAGGUGUGGGCUCGUUGAUACCAAGACCCGAGCAGGUUCGGACUCCAACUUCAACGUCACCGUCGGCUGUGGUGGCGCCACUGGAGGACGCGCUCGAAGUGCUCCUCGCUGUGCUGAUUGAGACCGAUGACCGGAGCGACAGAGCUCGACGGCGGCAGGCGGCACUGGAGGAAACGGAGCGCUUGCAUGCUGCCGAAGAGCUGGAGCUGGAGCGCACUCGGCUCGCGGCCGACGAGCAGCUGCAGAUGACGCUCGAACUGCUGCAAGCCGAACUCGCUCGAGAGCGACGACUGCGCAGCACCGGAGAAGGACCGAAGCCUCUGACCGCAGCGGUUGCGCCUCCAAUCGAUACGAAAGGCCCCAGCAAGCGACAAGCAGCGAGACUGGCAACGCGGCUGCGCAACUCGCCGCUAAAGCCUCGCACGAGGGAGUCCGCUCUCCAUGCGUCCGUCCGAGAGGUGAAGCUACACGAACUACGGGAUGAGCGCGCUCGAUGGCAGCGUGACUACGAGACGAUGCGUGAGCAGGUUAUUGAGGAGAAGGCGCGCCAAGUGGCGUUGUUCCAGAGGCUGGAGAUGCUGCGACGCUCGCACGCGAAGCAGCUCAGCGAAGCGGAAGCCGCCCUGCGAGCUUCCCAAGCAGACGUGGAGCGACUUCAAACGCGCUUGGCUCAAGCCCGAGUAAGCGCCGCCCACGAAGCACGACGCACAGCGUCGCUUGUCCAGAAUUCACGCUCCGAACGGCAACGACUUGUGUGCGCGCUAGCUGAAACACGGCACAAGUUUCGGGAGUGGAAGGAAGGGGAGGCUGCAACGCUGCGUGCUACACGUGAGCAAGCAGUACACGCGCUGCGUACCGAGUAUGAGCUCAAGCUAGCUCGCCAUCAAGAGGAAAAACAGAAGCUGCGUGACAAGGUGAAGGACCUGGAAGUAUCGCUGCGUCUGCUGCAGCGAGAUCGCCAAUUGUCGCCUGGUGAGCUGAGUGAGCGGAAGGGAACGCUGUUGCAGAACAACUCGAGUGGGACUGGCUUUGGUGAUGUCGGCGCUGCGGAUUUCAUCGAGGCCCAAGGACGUAUACAUGAGCUGGAAGCUCUGCUUCAGCUCAGUAAAGAACGUCAGGAGUGGCAGGACGCUCUUUUGCGCGUCUCGGAGGCAGCGCUCGCACGACUGAGCCAGGAGCGCGAGCUGGAUGCGCUUGAGAAUCUGUCGUUGCCGUCGCCUGCGGUAGCAUUGGUGUUGUCGAAUCUGACAGGUGACCUGGAAGUGGAAGAUGAUGAAAAGACCUAUACCCAGGAUGCGCCAACCGGUGGCGGUGGAACAGAUCUGGAGAAGGAGAUACUGCGAAGGAAGAGCAUCGCUCUGAGCGCCGAGGUAAACCGCUACCAAAAGAUUGUUGUGCAAUCUAUGGAGGAGGUCCGUGCUCUGAAGGAGUCGCGACGACGCAGCCGGAGUGGUAGUAUCAGCAGCUCUGCGAUGGUCUUGAGUCCGCGAGAAGCGUACUUGCUGGAAGAGCUUGCUGCAUCUCAGCGCGAGGUCGAUGCCAUGAGGAUCAAACUGAAGAAGAAGCGCAAGAAGGACAAGGCUAAGAGCAAAGCCAACAUCGGCGAGAAGGACCCACUCGAGCUUGAUAUCGCUGUGAAGAUGAUUCAGACUUACUCGAAGGGAUUUCUCGCUAGACGUGAGUUUAUCCGGAAGAAGCUGGCAAUUGGGAAGAUCAAGGCUCGGUACCGUGGUUAUCUGGUGCGUAAGAACUACGAAGCGCUCGGUGGCGGUUUGUUUCCCGCAGAUCGAAAGCUGUUGCCAUCGGGGCUAGCACCGCAGGAGGCGCCAAACUUCUUGAUGGUGACUGAGGCCAUGCAGUACAAGAUGCAGAUCGUCGAGCCGCACUACAAGGUGUCCUACCUGUGCGAAGGAACUGGCAGUCGCGACAACGUGGAUGUGGUGUUGCGCGUAUCGAAAGACCCGCCCGUCGUGCAACUCCAAUUGACAUCAAAACAUGAACCGGCCGCUAUCCCCCGCGUGACUUACUUCCACUUGUUCGAGACGAUCGCCCUACUUCCGUACGAAGACGAAGAAAUCGUCCUGGAGACGGCGAGCGAGAAGGAGAUCGCGCGCAUCUUCGCGUCGAGGCUGGUGGUGCAGCGCAAAGGAUCGGAGGAGGACUAUCACUUCUUCAUUGUGCGCCCCGCGGCAGCGCAAGACGAAAUUGCCAAGGGAGCCGGGGACUUGACUGUCAACCGCGAAGCACGGACACUGCUUACUGAGCUACCCGUACAACCGAUGGAGAGUCGAGCAGCGUCAGCGUCGAGUGAAGUGUGUGAUGCCCCUCUUGAAGGAACAGCUCCACCAGGCCAAGAGAUCGACUUGGACCUGCUGAUUCAAGAGGCACGCACAGAUCCACUGGAGAACGAGACUGCCAAACCAACCUCAAAUGUAAAUGAACCGGCAGCGGAGGAUCCUACAGCGAGAAUUCGGCGACUCGUAAAACGACUUUCGAGCAAUUCAUUUGAUAGCAAUGAGCAGUGA